AUGUCCAUGUCAAGUGCUGAACGAAAAUGUAAUGAAGAAGGUGAUGGUCAUAAGCUUGAUUUCAUGAUCUCUGUAGACAUAAAUGGUGACGCUGAUAAAUUUGAAACAUUAUAUGGAUUAUUUAAACGUUUCUGUCAAGAAAACCAUGUAUUUCUGAUUCUUGAAUAUGGAGCUAUGGAGAAAUUUAUAAACAUCUUAGAAAGUGUACCAGAUUUACCAAAAAGUAUGUGUCAAGGGUUUGUAAUUCCUCCUAUUACUGUGGCACAUGCUUUAAUUUAUCUUCACCAUAAAAAAAUAAUCCGUCGAGAUAUUAAGCCUGAAAAUCUUUUAUUGGGUCUAAACAAUGAUCUUAAAAUAGCUGACUUUGGUUGGUCAGUACAUACUCCUGAGAUGGUUGAUAGUCUAAUUCAUGGUUCAAGGGCUGACUUGUGGAAUCUCGGAGUUUUAUGUUAUGAACUGUUGUUUGGUACAGUUCCAUUUUCAGGACCAGGUGGUUGCAAAGGUACACACAAAAGAAUAGUGAGAGUGGAAUAUUCAAUGCAUGAUCAUAUAUCAGAAGAUGCCAAACAUUUUAUUAAAUUGAAAAAAAUAGCUACUUCAAAAAAUCCUGAUCAACGAUUAUCCUUGGAAGAAUAG